AAGCAAAUCAUAAAAUCUCUGAUUUCCCUAGUCUUUACAGAACAAAUGCUAUAUUUCAGAUUUCCCUGGGUGUACACAGAGGUGACGUUGAAAGCUUUCUCCUGAAAUUCACCAGAGUAAGGUUCUUCUUUUAAUAACAGCUAAAAUUCCUGAGCAAUUAUGGGUCUGUCUGUUGAAGCACAUUUAUCAGUGGUACCUGCUCGUAGCAGAGAACCUUUUUAUGAAAGACGUAAUUGAAAAGCUAGCAUAGCCAGUGGGUAAGAGUCAUUAUUCAUGAAAUCUGAGCUGUCACCUCUUUGCAGUGCUUGCCUUGCCCUUCCAGCAGGCCGCCUUUGGACAGCGAAAACCUAAAUUUAAGGGAUGCUCGCAGCGAUUUGAGGACGGAGCGGGCAGGAGCGCGGGUGCCCCUGCCGGGCUGCGGCUCCGCAGAGGCUCAGGCUCUCGGCGAACGAGCUCAGGACCGGGACGCAGGGCUCAGGACCGGGACGUGCAGCUCAGCACCGGGACGCGCGGCUGAGGCCGUGCCUCCCGGCACCCAGAUUACGCCCGUGUGCCGCCAGCAGCGCGGCCGCCCCCCGGUGCUCGCUGGCCGCCCGCACCAUGACCCCGGCGGCGGCUUUGCGGAGCUGUCACAAACGGGGCCGUGACGCCGCCGGCCUGCAGGGGCGGGGGGGGUCCGGAGGGGGAAGCGGCCGCUGCCGGGCCCCGCCGCGGGCCGGGGAGCCCCGCGGGGCCGCCGCCGGGCCAUGGCGCUGCUGGCGGCGCUGCUACUGCUGCUGCUGCUGCUCCUGCCCCUGGCGGCGCUGGUGCUGGGCACGGUGCUCCUCGGGCUGCCCAGCUACGAGAUCCCGCCCGGGGUGAACCAGCCCGCUAAGCUGCGCCUGGUCCUGGCUGUCCUCCUCGGCACGGCGGCCCUGGGAAGGAUUUUGGAGAAGACAGGGCUUUGCAGUCAAAUCACUUUUGGCCGAUACGUGCGACAAGGACGGAGACUAAGGGUAGACCCAAAGCUCUUUAUCCAGGAUCUGCAGUUUAACGAAGUACCUGUGAGGGUUUACCAGCCUAAAGCUGUAUCACACAGGCGAAGGAGAGCUAUCAUCUUCUUUCAUGGAGGAGGCUGGGUGUUUGGAAGUCUUGAUACCUAUGAAAAAGUGUGCCGCUACAUAUCUAGAGAAAGUGGAUCAGUAGUUGUAUCUGUUCAGUACCGUUUAGCUCCUGAACACAAAUACCCUGCUGCAUAUGAAGACUGUCUUAAUGCUACCAUACACUUCAUGAGGAACACAGAACACUACGGGGUGGACCCUGCCCGUAUAAGUGUCUGUGGGGACAGUGCAGGGGGCAAUCUAGCAGCUGCCGUUAGCCAGACCCUGGCAGGAAGAUCAGACCUCCCCAAGCUACGCUCUCAGAUCUUGAUCUACCCAGGCCUUCAGGCGCUAGACUUCAAUUUACCUUCCUAUCAGCAAAAUCGAGGAGUCCCUCUCUUAUUCCGAGAACGUGCUGCUUUUUUUGCUUUGCAAUACCUAAAUGGGGAUGCAUCGCAUAUGCAAGAGGUCUUGGAGGGCUCUCAUAUUCCUCCAGAUAUGAGGCUGAAGUACAGGAAGUGGGUGAGUGCAGACAACAUCCCUGAAAAAUUUAAGGUCAGAGGUGUGAAGCCACUUAGGCCCACUGAUUUUGUGGCUGAAGUUUAUGAGACAGUGAAAAGAUUCUGUGAGCCCAACCUGUGUCCCCUGCUAGCUGAAGAUGCUAUUGUUCACCAGCUGCCAGAGUCUUUCAUCUUGACUUGUGAGUAUGAUGUGCUGAGGGACGACGGCUUGCUGUACAAGAAGAGACUGGAGGACAAUGGAGUUCGAGUGACCUGGUACCACCUUGAGGAUGGAUUCCAUGGAAUCAUAAGUCUGUAUGAUUAUGCGGGGUUGUCAUUUCCAUCUGGUAAAAGGGGAUUGGACAGCGUUGUUAACUUCCUAAAAGGCUUAUAGUAAACAUCUUAGAUUCCACGAGUCUGUUCAUGCCUCAAGCUAGAAAAAUAUCUUUUUAGGAUAUUUAAUAUCAGGUGAUGAGUAGUCAGUCAAAGGUGGCCAUUAGCAAUGAUAAACAAGGCUCAUGUGAAACGCAUUCCAGCUGUUAGUUGGACCAUGGAAUAUGCAAAUGUUAUACAUGCUUGUACCAUGCUGCAAGCUCUUAUCUUUAGCUAUGUCAAUAAAUAAAAACAUUAUUUUGAAUGGACAUCCUGGUUCAUCCUACUCGUUUAAAAUAAAAUGUGUUUAUGCAUCUAUGAAGAAA